ACCAGCACGGACCACUUCGAAAAGGAUUGGCUGAGGAGCUUGGGAAGGGGGCGUCAUCACCUCUUGGACCAAGGAUUAAAUAAGGGUUCUAGCAAGUUGGCAAGAUGCUCUGGGAAACUGCUCUCUCCGGGGCUCCCUGAACCCUACCUACCAUGACACAAACACUCAAGCUCACCUCCAGAGUGUUUCAUCGAAUCCAGUGGCCUCCCAUGUUGGGCACCUCUCUGGGUUCUCGAAGAUCCGACUCAGCACCUGGGAGUUUGGGAGACAUCCCAGGGCCCUCCACACCUAGCUUCCUGGCUGAACUUUUCUGCAAAGGGGGGCUGUCCAAGCUACAUGAGCUACAGGUGCAGGGUGCGGCGCGCUUUGGCCCAUUGUGGCUGGCCAGCUUCGGGACGCUGCGCACCGUGUAUGUGGCUGACCCUGUCCUCAUCGAGCAGCUGCUGCGACAGGAGGGGCCCUGGCCAGAGCGCUGCGGCUUCUCAUCCUGGACCGAGCACCGUCGCCGCCACCACCGGGCUUGUGGACUGCUCACCGCGGAAGGCAAAGAAUGGCAAAGGCUCCGCAGUCUCCUGGCCCCACUCCUCCUCCGUCCUCAAGCGGCUGCUGGUUACGCAGGGAUCCUAGGUAACGUGGUCCGUGACCUUGUAGGACGAUUAAGGCGACAGCGAGGACGUGGCACCGGUCCACCCGCCUUGGUGCGGGACGUGGCGGGAGAGUUUUACAAAUUUGGACUAGAAGGCAUAGCCGCCGUGCUGCUGGGUUCGCGCCUAGGCUGUCUGGAGGAUGAAGUACCCUCAGACACUGAGACCUUCAUCCGCGCAGUGGGCUCCGUGUUCGUGUCCACGCUAUUGACCAUGGCCAUGCCCAGCUGGCUGCAUCACCUUGUGCCUGGACCCUGGGCCCGCCUCUGCAGAGACUGGGACCAGAUGUUUGCCUUUGCCCAGUGGCACGUGGAGAGGCGAGAGGCUGAGGUAGCCAUGAAGAAUCCGGGAAAGCCUGAGGAAGACACGCUGUCUGGGUCUCAUCUGACACAUUUCCUUUUCCGGGAGAAAUUGCCAGCCCAGUCCAUCGUGGGGAAUGUGACAGAGCUGCUGCUGGCUGGAGUGGACACCGUGUCCAACACGCUCUCCUGGGCUCUGUAUGAGCUCUCCCGACACCCUGAAGUCCAGUCAGCGCUCUACUCUGAGAUCACAGCUGCCCUGGGCCCUGGCUUCUGUGCUCAUCCGCAAGCCACUGCUCUGUCCAAGCUACCUCUGUUGAAGGCUGUGGUCAAGGAAGUGCUAAGAUUGUACCCUGUGGUACCUGGAAAUUCCCGUGUCCCAGGCAAAGAUAUUCAUUUGGGCGGUUAUGUUAUCCCCAAAAAUACGCUGGUAUCUUUAUGUCAUUAUGCCACUUCAAGAGACCCUGCUCAGUUUCCAGAGCCAAAUGCUUUCCGUCCAGCUCGCUGGAUGGGAGAGGGCCCAACCCCCCACCCAUUUGCAUCUCUUCCCUUUGGCUUUGGCAAGCGAAGCUGCAUGGGGAGGCGGCUGGCAGAGCUUGAGCUGCAAAUGGCUUUGUCCCAGAUCUUGACACAUUUUGAGGUGCUGCCUGAGCCAGGUGCUCCCCCAGUCAGACCUAUGACACGGACCGUCCUGGUACCUGAGAGAAGCAUCAAUCUACAGUUUUUGGACAGAUAGCCCUGUGGAAGGAGGCUGUCAUAAUCAUAUCGCAUAUCAGGGCUUUGCAAGACCAUUAGAUAUACCUUCCCCUGAGACCUGUCUGUCUAAGAAAACUGGAUAGAAAGAUUAUAGCAAAGCAAAGGAAGCAGAUCUGACCCAUGUGGGAAGUAUGCACUUGGUGUGACUUACAGAUUGAGAGAGAACCAUGCUCCCUCCACCUGCUCAGUACUUCUGUCAUCCUUCAAGGAUCUAACUCAGAUUUGAAUGCAUCCUUCAAGGGCCAACUCAGAUGCUAAUAAUGCUGGCUGGCCUGAGCAAUGAUUCUGUCAUGGCUGCUGUGAUGCUAGCUAAGCAUUUAUCAUGGUGUGACCUAGGUAAUUGUGCAGCUGGUCUGCUCCCAGUUGGUUCUGCCUUGUAUGUAAGCUCUUUGAGAGGAAAGACAUGACCUAUUUUAUCUCCCCCCCCCCCCGACAACAUGUCACUAUGAAGCCCUGCCUGGCCUUGAACUCUUGAUCCUCCUGCCUCACCUCUUAAGUACUGAUAGUUCUACAGGCAUGUAACACUAUACUUGGGCCUGUUGGAACUUUUCAUUCCAUUAGAACUUUAUGUCUGAGAUUAUCAUAUACAUUCUCAGACGACUGUGUGGCAGAAGGAAUAGGCAGCUUAUUGUGCUCAUCCUCCCCUCUUCUUCAUUUUGCUCCAAGGUGAAUCUGCCUGUCUUAGGAGUGUGUGUGUGUGUGUGUGUGUGUUUGCACAUGUGUUCAUGAACUAGUACUGGGACUUGA